AUGCACACGCUUGGAAGCACAGACAGCCAGAUCGCGCGGGGCAACGCGCCCUGCACGGCCGAGCUCCAAAGCUUCACGCUGAGCCAUGCCGAGGUUCUAAAGAAGAUUGAAGCGAAGCGUGCCAAGAAGGCAGCUUCCAAGGCUGCCAAGAAGGCGGCCAAGAAGGAUAAAAAGGAGAAGAAGCGGGCCAAAAAGCGCCUGAAGAAGCAGCGCAAGCUGGAAAAGAAGGCCAGAAAAGAGCGCGAGCAGCAAAGCCGCAAGCGAAAGGAUAUGGCGCAAGAAGAAGGAGGUUCCUCCCCCUCAUCUGCUUCCUCUGCGUCUGAAGUGGAAGUAGCAUCAAGCCUGAGUGGCCAAAGCGGAUAG